AUGCAGCCGCCAAGGGAGAGGAGCGAAGUGCGACUCCGAGCUGGAUGGAUGGUUAUGGGGGAGAGAGGGAGACCCUCGGCGCUUGAAGUGUGCAGAGUCCUGGCCCUGUUUUUCUCGCUCUUCCCCUCCGUGAGCCUGCAGUGCAAGAUCCUCAAGUGCAACUCUGACUUUUGGGCCUCCACCUCAAACUCUGGACCGGAGGAGGAUUUCUGCACGGCGCUGCGCGCGUACAACAGCUGCGUGCGCCGGACCGCCCGCACCUGCAGGGGUGACCUGACGUACCACUCCGCCCAGCAUGGCAUCGAGGACCUCAUGGGCCAGCACAACUGCUCCAAGGAGGGGCCCACGUCGCAGCCGCGGGCCCGGACCCCGCUGCCCCCUCCGCCCCCGCCGGUCCUCACCGACAGCCAGGAGCGCUCCGACGGGCCGGAGGUGUGCCACUACGAACGCAGUCUUCCGCGGAACACGGCGCCUCCGAACUACACCCACUGCGGCUUCUUCGGGGACCCGCACCUCCGGACGUUCGGCGACGACUUCCAGACGUGCCGGGUGGAGGGAGCCUGGCCGCUCAUCCACAACAAAUACCUGUCCGUCCAGGUGACCAACACCCCGGUGGUGCCAGGGUCUGUAGCCACCGCCACGAGCAAGCUGACAAUCAUCUUCAAGAACUUCCAGGAGUGCGUGGACCAGAAGACGUACCACGCCGAGACGGACGAGCUGCCGGCCGCGUUCGCCGACGGCUCCAAGAACGGAGGGGACCGGCACGGCGCCAACACCCUGCGCGUGGUGGAGAAGGUUCCCGGGCAGCACGUGGAGAUCCAGGCCAAGUACAUCGGCACCACCAUCGUGGUGCGGCAGGUGGGCCGCUACCUGACCUUCGCCGUGCGGAUGCCCGAGGAGGUGGUGAACUCGGUGGAGGAGGACGACGACCAGGACCUGUACCUGUGUCUCCACGGCUGCCCCGUCAACCAGCGCAUCAACUUCCGGAGCGUCAGGGCCCGGGCGGCCGAAGCCCACGGCUCGGGCCGGAGCAGGAGCGGCGGCGGCGGCGGCGGCUUCACCAAGCAGUCGGCGAGGGCCAAGUGCAAAGAGCGCCUCCCGGUGGAGGACGUGUACUUUCAGUCGUGCGUGUUCGACCUCAUCUCCUCCGGAGACAUAAACUUCACCAUGGCGGCCUACUACGCCUUCGAGGAUGUAAAAACGCUCCACUCCAACAGCAAAAGACAUCACAUCUUCGACAACGACUCCUUACUGGGCGGCGCGGCGCCGCGGGGCAGAGAUUUACUCCCCGUCCUUCUCCUCAACCUGCUAGCCGUCGUGUUGUGGCGUGAGUGUUGCACAGUUCACCUAUAGUCUCUUCACAACGGUAUCCUCAUGGUGUGUGUGUGUGUGUGUGUGUGUGUCAGUGAGUGUUUGAGUGUGUCGUAUGCCGGCUCCCCUGAUCGUCGGUCUAAUCAGAGGAGCUCCCCACUCUCCCUUCUCCCGCCUAUCAUCGCACGUAUUUAGCUGGUUGGUGGGACUUUUCCUCUGAAGGGAGCAGCAGUGACAGAGCCCCGCCCCCCCCCAGCUGCCCCCCCCGGGAGCUCAGGAUAUCCACCUGGGAUUAAAUCCCACAUUCUCAUCAGGGCGGCAUGCCGAUGGGAAGCCGGACAAGAUGAUCUUUUGCAGAAAGAGGAGUUCGCUGAUCCCCCCCCCUUCCUCCCCCCUGAACCCCCCCAUUGGUGCCAAGCCAGUGAAGCUUUCUGUGGCUCAUGUGGCGAAGCGAGAGGACCUGACAGGGGCUUUUGUUAACCUUAGGCCAAGAGCAGCUCUAUGUUUGAUUAGUUUCCAGCUCUGGAAAAGCCUGAGCCUUUUUGGAGGAAACACUCAGCCAAAAGGAUGUCAGAGCAGCGUCUCCAGUUGUCUGCUGUGGAGAUUAAAGGGUCAUAUUGUUACUGUGUGUGCGCGUGUGUGUGUGUGUGUGUGUCGUUGCAAUAUGUGUGCAGAAUUCAGAAUCUGUGGUUAAUUUAGUGUUUGUGGGUGCAUAACGUUUCCAGAGAGGAGAUAACGAACCUCCAGGAGGAGAAAUGUUCAGUGUUGCAAUCAGAACGAGAACAGAAGAAGCUAUUCCAGCCAGUUUGAAUGAGCUCCAUCAGCCAGGAGCAGAUUCUAAAAAAAGGAACCGAUUUAAAAUAAUCUCUUUUCAUCUAUCCGUCACUUUCAGGAUCAUACAAUCCUUUCCUCCCUUUUGUCGGAGCGGACAUGUAGAUCACACAGUGUUUGUUAUGUGAAUGUAGCCAACAACAGAGCAAAAGAACAAACUUCCUAAAGGGUACCCGGUGCGUUUACAGAUCACUGAUCAGCCGGUCCAGUCAGCCAACCCUGAGACCAUUCUGUGAAUUCAAAGCUCGAGUCAUUGCCGUCGAUGCUGUUUGUACUAGCUAUAAAGACGUCGGCUGGAGUCCGUUUCGUCUCUGAGGACGGGCAGCGCGCUGACCCGGCCGCGGUCCAGCGAGCAAACGAUAAGCACAUGUCUGCAGACCUGAUUUCAUGGCUUCAGUCGUUGCCAAAGAACAAGCCCAUGUGCCAACAUCUCCACCGCGACUGACUUCUCACCUUCGGUCUUCCAGCCGUCUGCAUUCAAAAGGGGUUGUUAACUGUACAUAACGCGCGUUUUGCGGGUGAAUCUGAGGCGCUGCAGUAACCCGUACUGUACCAGCAGGCUCGGUUUCACUUUCUGCAGUCUCACUUCUACUUUUCUUGCAUUUCACGAUCGCGCUUAUCCGUCUGAACUCUUGGCUCUCAGCUGCCGGAUCUGUUCGUGCGCAAACCAUCCCUGUAGAUACGGUCGCUACCGGGGCUCGGUUCGAUGGUCAUUUAUCCUUUACACUGAAGUAUUUGGGCAGGCCUGACUCCUGCUAGUCACAAUAUGUAUUGGUGCAGUUUGACAACAAUAACUUAAAAGAGAGAAAAAAAAAAAGCCUAACAAACAUGAUUGUAACAUUGAAUCUUGUGUUAAUAGAUGUAAUUUGUAUUGUGUGUUUUGCAGUAUACAGUUGGAAAAUGUGUAAUGUGAGAUUGUACAUACGUUUGGUGCAUUGUUGAGUUUGAAUUUGUAUAAUACUAGUUGUGUUUUUGAAUUUAUCACUCCAGUUUUUUGUACAUGAGUUGUUUCGGUGAAUGUGAACUUUUUAUUUGAAAAGGGACUCUUUCUUGCAAAAAC